AUGCUGGGGUUCGACGGAGCUCUGAAAGCACCUGGUUUGGCUAGGUUUGGGCAGGGAACCGGCGAUAUUAUUGGUGUUCAAUGUUACGGGACAGAAGAGAGCUUGACGGACUGUCCAUACCUGUGGACCACCACUUCCUGUAGGCAUAACGAGGAUGCGGCCCAUCCGAAUCCAUUUGAAGUUCGUCUUGUCGGAGGGUCUAAUGAUGCUGAAGGCAGAGUAGAGAUCAUGCACGAUGGAUCCUGGGGAACUAUCUGUGAUUAUUCAUGGGACCUGAGAGACGCGAGGGUGGUUUGCAGAAUGCUGGGGUUUGAUGGAGCCUUGGACGCACCGAGAUUUGCUAGGUUUGGUCAGGGCUCCGGUCGUAUUCUGCUAAAGUAUGUCAAUUGUGACGGAAAUGAAGACAACCUUGCAGACUGUGCUCAUCCAGGGAUUAGAGAUUAUACUUCAUGCGGUCAUACAAGGGAUGCAGGAGCCAUUUGCUACUCAGGAACCCAUCCAAAUCCAUUCCAAGUUCGUCUUGUUGGUGGGUCUAACGAUGCUGAAGGCAGGGUAGAGGUCAUGCACGAUGGAUCCUGGGGAACUAUCUGUGAUUCAUGGUGGGAUCUUAGAGACGCGACGGUGGUUUGCAGAAUGCGGGGGUUUAAUGGAGCCUUGGACGCACCGGGAUCUGCUAGAUUUGGUCAGGGCUCCGGUCGUAUUCUGCUAAAGUAUGUCAAUUGUGACGGAAAAGAAGACAACCUAGCUGAUUGUGCUCAUGCAGGGAUUGAACGUUACACAUGCAGUCAUACAAUGGAUGCAGGAGCCAUUUGUUAUUCAGGAGCCCAUCCAAAUCCAUUCCAAGUUCGUCUUGUUGGUGGGUCUAACGAUGCUGAAGGCAGGGUAGAGGUCAUGUACGAUGGAUCCUGGGGAACUAUCUGUGAUUCAUGGUGGGAUCUUAGAGACGCGAGGGUGGUUUGCAGAAUAGCAGGGUUUGAUGGAGCCUUGGACGCACCGAGAUCUGCACGGUUUGGUCAAGGCUCUGGUCGUGUUCUGCUAACUCAUGUCAGCUGUGACGGAACAGAAGACAACCUAGCAGACUGUGCUCAUGCAGAGAUUGGACGUUACACAUGUAGUCAUUCGAGGGAUGCAGGCGCUGUCUGUUAUUCGGGAGAGCCAUUUCAAGUUCGUCUUACCAAUGGAACCACCGAUUCAGAAGGCAUGGUUAAGGUUUUGUAUAAGGGAAGCUGGGGAACUAUAUGUGAUGAUAACUGGGAUCUAAGAGACGCAAGAGUAGUUUGUAAAAUGCUUGAAUUUGAUGGAGCUUUAGCCGCACCUGGUAGAGCUACGUUUGGUGCCGGAAGCGGUAAAAUAUUGUUAGAUGACGUUGGAUGCAGGGGCACAGAAGACGCCCUUGCUGAGUGCUACCACCAAGGAAUUGGAGUCAACAACUGUGAACAUGACAGUGACGCCGGUGUCAUUUGUUUUACAGGAGGUAGGAUAAUAUGGUUCUUUUAUUAG